AUGUCUGAAGAGAUGACGCUCGAUCGGAUGGCAACGUGCGAACUGGCACAAGCCCAAGUCAAGUUCAUUUUUGUUGGGGAAAUCAACGACUCCCUUAAAACCGCUAUCAAUAAUUAUCUCUCCAGAAACCACUUAGAAGUCUUUAUGGUCGAUCAAACAUAUCAAAACACACUAAAAUAUCUUGGAACGGAUUUUACUUUAUCAAUCAACACGUGUGAUAAUAAAGAAAGAAAAACUAUCAACACAUCAUUUUUCAGAGGAACUUCUGAGAUAUUUCUGGUGUACUGCCCAGAGAAGGAAGAGGGGAAAAUGCUGGAAUGCUGGCUUAAAGAAGUCAAACGAUAUACAGAAGACAUCCCGCGUAAGUUCAUUGCACUUAAAAAGACAAAGCCCGACGGAACAACGCUGGCAAAUUUAAAUGACAUCGAACAGGUUGUGCUUGACCCAAAUAACGAGGAAAGUUGCUACAUGGCCAUCAACAAGGAGGUCGAAACAGCACUUUUGUCAGAUGUCAACUUUGAAAUGACACUAGAGAAUCCAAUGCUCCCUGACGAGGAAGAGCCAAGACGAAAGUCGCAGUGUUGUGUUGUUGUAUAA